UCACGUUAAAAAGCGCUACAGACAUCUUUUUGGACUGUAAUACAUUUAGCAUAAUUUUCAGGUUGCUACUUUUGUAUUUUCCAUGAAAAUAUUCGCACCGCUUUAUGGAAGAGCUGAUAUAAUGUUCGAGGGAGUUCGUAUUUUACGUCUAAGCAUGUUCUGUGAGUAAUGAUUUCAUGUUCGCCAUCCAAUUGGCAGCAUCUAUUCCACACCAGCGCGUCAUCGUCACUUCUACGAAACGAGUUGUAAGCAAAUGAGAACAUGUGAGGAGAUCUGAGAGUGAGAACGGCAGAUUGGAGAUUGGCUAUGUGAGAAAUACUAAAUGCGUGUGAUUAAUUUUAUCAACAGGACAAGAACAGAUUGAUGCUGGACUGUGCUCUGUCUGGAAUUGUCGCUUUAAAAAAGAACUAAAAAGGACAUGCUGGUCGCAUAUUUUGAAAAGUAUUUCAUUUCAAUUGCGUUUGUAAUCGGUUGUAUGUGAGUGGACUUGCAUUUGCCUGCCUUAUACAUCAAGAUUGGAAGAUUGAGUAAUCCGGCUAAUAAUUUACGGCAAUCUCGACGGCUCACUGCAUCUCUUCUAGUAUCUGAAAUAUCAUCUGUUGCUGCAGCCGGAUUAAAAAAAAACAUCGAUAACUGACAUUGUCAUGGAUUGACCGCAGCUGUUGGAGAUGUUGACUAUUAACAGUUCACCAGUAACACAACUGAACAUGUUUCAUUUAAGGUAAAAUGGGAGAAAGAUUGUUGUUACUGUUAUUGCUACUCUUAUCCUUACAUGCGGGUUGUGAUAUCCUACUGCAGACGAGCCAUUAAAAAUGACCAAUCUCCCCAAUUGCCGGCUUCUCUGAUAUUGGAUCGUUACCUUAUUGAAUCUGAUCAGACUGUAAUAUCCGCGUCACGAGACGAAUUUGGAGACGAUACGAACACCGUGGAGGUAUUGUCUUCCUGGCGGUUUAAUUCCUUCACAACUGAGGAUAAAUGUUGAUGAUGGAGGAAGACGAAUUGGAAGCUCAUCAGGUUGAUAUUGAUUCUGAUUUUGAGCCGCAAAGCCGGCCCCGCUCGUGCACUUGGCCACUGCCUUGUCCAGAGGAUUUCCCCGGGGUACAGGAGGUCAAUGGGGGUCUUCCACUGACCACCAUCAAGGUGGAACCGGAUGACAGUCUAACCGUUUCUGCGUGUAGAGCGGGGAGAAUGUGUGGCGCGCCGACGGAGCUGAAGCAUCCAGCCGGCGCCCCGACUCCAACCGGCUCGACGCACCCAUGCUUGGCCGGCGCAGCACUCGAUGUGACUGGACAAUUGCGCAAAGCCAAAUCUUCGCGGCGGAACGCAUGGGGCAAUCAGUCGUACGCGGACCUUAUCACAAGAGCCAUUGAAAGUACCCCUGAAAAAAGACUUACGUUGUCACAGAUCUAUGAUUGGAUGGUCCGCUAUGUGCCCUAUUUCAAGGAUAAGGGCGACAGUAAUAGCUCGGCUGGAUGGAAGAACUCCAUCAGACACAACUUGUCCCUCCACACGCGUUUCAUCCGGGUGCAGAACGAGGGGACGGGCAAGUCAUCCUGGUGGAUGCUCAACCCCGAAGGGGGCAAGAUGGGCAAGGCCCCUCGCCGGAGAGCGGUCUCCAUGGACAACAGCGCCAAAUACCUGAAGAGCAAGGGCCGGGUCACCCGCAAGAGGGUGGGCCGACCGGGGAUUGGCUCUGGUGCCCCGGGGGGACUUCAGGCUUCCCCUAAGCAGUGUAGUCCACCUGUGAAGGUCCUCAAAGGCAACGUAGUGGGAGCUGCAAGUGUGGAGGGAGAGUUUGACGCCUGGACAGAGCUCCACUCUCGGGCCAGCUCAUCCGCUUCGACCCUGAGCGGUCGUCUGUCACCCAUUUUGGCUGAGGGCGAGCUGGAGGAGCCAGAGGAAGGCGGGCUGUCCUGUUCGGCCUCACCCCACCUCUAUUCCUCCCCGUCAUCCAGCGCACGCUCACCGGCCAUGGGGUCCGCCGGGGGCCACUGUCCUCCUGUGGAGCAGUUGCCCCAGCUGGCUAACCUCACAGGGGCGAUCAGUCUUGAAGAGAGGCUCCUGGAUGAUGGUUACCACCAUCACCAUCCUCAAACAGCGGCGCGCCACAAAAUCCCACCGGUCUAUCACUACAACCCUGGGGUCAAAGGUCAGGGUUCGUAUUGUGGAGCAGCCUACAGUCAGGCUGGGAUGGGCAUGCUGCGCCACCACUCACCCAUGCAGACCAUCCAAGAGAACAAGCCGGCUAGUUUCCCCGGCAACAUGCGCGCCUACUCCGGGAUGAACGCCCUGCAGAGCCUGCUGUCAGGGGGCCCUGGGGUUCCAGGCGGCCCGGGGGCUCCACAGCUGUACUGUGCCAAGGACAUGAUCAUGGGCCAAGAGAGGGACGCCCGCCCAAUGAUGGGCCCCUCCACCAACGGAGAGAACUCCACCCGUCACGGCCACCACCCGGGACACAACGGGCACAACGGCACCCUUGGCAACCACAGCUCGGUUCUCAGCCACGACGGAGCUGCUCACAGCCAUAACCGCAACUCCGUGACUGGGCACCACUCGCCUCACUUGGGCCUGAGGCAGGAGCACGGCAGCCACCCAACCUCAGCACGAGCCCCGGCCCUGGCGCCGCGCAUCAGCAGCGGUCACCUCCAGCCCUACGGUCACAAGGCCCCCUACCUGUACAGUCCGCCGUCCCACGCCCACCUGCCCGCCUCCACCACCCUUCCCCCCAACCCAGCCGGCAUGCUGGGGAUGCCCCAGGACUCGUGCCACCUGGCCACCGCCCCCCACCCGUCGCACCCCCACCACAACACAUACCCCGGGCCGCAGCACCAGGGCAUGGGCGACGGACCGUACCACCACCCGCAGGUCCUGGGGGGAGGCGGCGGGGGAGUUGGCAGCUACCAUGGCAGUUCGUACCACCAGCCACACCCCCACGAGAGAUUACCUGCCGACCUGGACCUGGAUAUGUUCCACGGGAGUUUGGACUGCGACGUGGAGUCCAUCCUCCUCCACGAUAUCAUGGACUCCGGAGAGGAGAUGGACUUUAACUUUGACUGUUCCCUGGCCCAGGGUGUGGGCAUUGGGAUGGGGGUCGGCAUGGGGGUGGGGGUUGGUACAGGAAUGGGGAUGGGCAUGAGCGGACUUGCAGGCCCUCAGCAAGCUCACAACAACCAGAGCUGGGUGCCCGGCUGAAUCAUGACUCAGGGUGCUGCAGGCCUGCCCUCAAACAGACCCCACCCCCGACCCACUAAUGUGGUGGACAGCACUGUGCUUGACUAUGUGAUUCCUGGACUGAGAACAGAGGAGAUAAACAUGCAGCCAGUCACGCCCCAACCCUUUCUAUGUUGUUAUAAAAUGUCCCCAUUCUAUCCCUCUCUCUCCUGACUCCCCUGGGCCCAGUUUUUCAAAAAAUUAUCUGGAUUUUGCAUAGUGGAUAAGAUUAAUGUAAUAGACAUACACUAAAUAGAAAGUCAAUAUUUUGUCUGUUCUAUUCACUGUAUUUCUAGGCAGUUAAUCCUAUAUGAUAGGCAAAAUCAAGAUAGAUAACUUCCCCCGGGGGGGAUUCUAGCUCAUUUCAUAUAAUUUUUUUUCUCUCUCAUUAGCUGUAAACUGUGAUGACAAUCUCAAAUGUGUUUUUGGCCAACAUUCUCACUAUCUCAUCUACUACCAUGAGACCUCAAUUUACCAAGCUCCUUAAAACAAGUGGGUCAAACUGGGUUCAAAUACUCUAAAUCUGUCAUUCUCAAACUUUUUACACCAUGUACCACCAGAAAAUAUUUCACUGAAUAUAUAUCCACUAAAGGGAGCACUGAUUUGAUAAUUUGAGAAAAUAAUUGUAAAAAAAAUGUGGGGCUUGAUUAAGGAUCCUAGUGCAGUGGAACCAAUCGAAUUGUUGUAGAAGUAUAAACCCUGCCCAUCUGGCAGUCAAGGGAGAGUAGAGGAAAUAUUUAACUUGUCUUAAAUAUUUUAAAUAGUAUCUGAAACCAGGUGUGACCAAGUAGCAGGCUAACAGAUUCUGAACCCAGGUAGCAGGCACAUUCAUGUAGAUUUUUCCAAACAAGUUAUCGAAUCAGGUUCAGUAGAGACAUAUAAUGGGGUUGCUAUGCUGCUAUGCUACAAAGUUUACUAUCACUAAGAACAGUGAAAAUAUGAGAUUUCUGACUGAUUGGUUAUUUGGUCUCUAUUCCUGGCUCACAUUAGGUACAAUUGAAUGACUAAUUUAGUCAAAUGUAAUACCUGUGCCUCAUUGAGAACUAUAAUCUGGUGCUUUACUUUGCUGUGGAAGUAAAAAAUGUCUGUAAUAUCAGUCUGUUACCUUCUGUCAUUAUGUUAAUUGAAUUCCUCUUUGGAGUACCCAGACGAGAAAAUUCAAAACGCUGUUAUCACCUUGUCUAAGUCACCGGGUUUUUUUCCCGUGCCAGCUUUUCCCUCUAACCUCUCUCUUCGUCUUUCUCCUCUGCCAACGGAGACAAACUGAUCAUCCCUCACGCCAACCCAUUAAACAGCGCUUGAUUGAAAUUCAGCAUCUUGCUUUUAAUCUCCAAAGUGAUGCUGCAGCCAUGCAUCAUUAUUGUAAAUCUCUCAUCCCUAUCUCUCCCUCUCACCCCUCUCUCUUUCUCCCUCCCAUCCCUCUCUCUCUCCCCCCUCUCUCUUUCUCCCUCCCUUCCCUCUCUCUCUCACCUCUGCAGUUGUUGCUAGCGUAAUGCGCGGUAAAUAACGCCUUGUUCAAGCGAAGGGCCACCGUGCCGGCCGUUGGGCAUCAUCUGUUCAGGAAGGGCACAAACGGGGAAGACAACCCACACACACACAAUAAUAAAGCAGAGGUUGGUAAAUAGGUCAAAAGCAAGAUUGUCAUUAUCGUAAGGUCAUGAUCCUCCCCCCCAUCAUUUUGGGGCGUGUCAUAAACAAAUGGUGUAUUUGUGUCGUAAGUCAUCAGCAUCGUCAUCUGUAUUUUGUGUUCCCUUGCACAUGUUCUGAGAUCAUCGGACUGAUUUGGGCCCUGGUGGGAGGUUGAGUUUAGACUGGUUGUCAGAUAGAGGCGGAGAGUGGGGGGGGGGAGACUACGAAAACAAUCAGCCAAUCGGAUUGGCAUUAAUCUCUGUCAAACAGGGUUGCUUUCCCUUCCAGGUAGGAAGGAAAGUAUCCUACCACACAUCGCCACAGUCACUGUGUUUCUUUUGUGGUCGUUCUUACUUGUUGUCGUUGUAAUGUUGUCGUUCUAUAAGACGUACAGGGAUAUGGUUCAUGGGUUUUAACCGCAUGGUAAUGUGUGCAGACAGAAGGCUACAUCAGCCCCAUGAAUUGACCGACGGUGUGUGUUUCUUUAUAAGUGGGGAGUCCAUACACUGUAACUCAAGCCCCCACACUCAAGUUCCACACAAAAUCUCAGGAGACGAGAGAACCUCUGGGUCGUGUUCAUUAGCGCACAACUUACCAAAGCAUUUAAAAAUGCUUUGUGACGAAAACGAAAAGGAGAGUUUCUCAUUGGUUCAAGCCAAGGUUGUCCAUCCCUGAUUAAGCCUGUUUUUGUUCACUGGAUGCCUAAAGAGCACGACUCCGCUCUCAUGGCUCCUUCUAGAAGGCACACACUGCGGCAGACUUAACUGAGUAAUACUACCAGGGAUGUCCGAAAAUGUACACCGUACCGCGGAUCUCCUAAAAUGUACUCGAUUCCAGGAAUUCCUAAAAUAUCCAAUAUGCCAAUGGCAUAUCAUGCCAGACAUUCAGGCCCCUUCGUCGAGAUCAACAUCCUUACUCUAGGAUAUCAUCUCUCAUUCAGUCUCAGUGUGGAUUAUUUGUGGAAGGUCUUGCGAAAGGACCCCUUGGUAGGGAUAUGUCAUAGCCCGCACUAAAAAUAUUUAGUGACACCCUGAUAUUAGGAAAUAGAGAUAAUAUCUAAUUUUAUUAAACAUAUAUUUAUUUAUGAAAGAGGUGGGUCUUUGUCUCCCCUGAGGGUGGUAAUUUAUGAGCCAACUCCAGUUCCCUUUUAUAAUUUUGUUUCUGCGUCACACUUACUUUCCAGUUAUAAGGACUUUUAUUUUGUACAAAAAUCUAUAUAUUGAGAAUAUUGUAUAAUAGUUUUUAAACACACAAAAAAAAGAAAAUAUCAAUUUUGUUGUCUAUUUCUUUUUUUAAGAGAAUGUAACUCAUCAU